GGGGAGGCUGGUGACGGGUGGGGGGAGUUGCAGGCAUGAGCGCGAGCAGGGUCGGGUUCCUACUGCUGCUGCUGGGCCUGGCGGGGCUCGCACUGCUCGCGCGCUGCCAUGAGCCCGAGCGGGACCCGAGCGCCGAAACUAUUGCAAAUGAGGAAGCUGAUGACGACGAUGAUGAUGACGACGACGAUGAUGAUGACGACGAUGAUUCUGAAGUUAAAGAAGAAAAUGGUGUUUUAGUUCUGAAUGAUGCAAACUUUGAUACCUUUACUGCAGACAAAGACACUGUGCUGUUAGAGUUCUAUGCGCCAUGGUGUGGGCAUUGCAAGCAGUUUGCUCCAGAAUAUGAAAAGAUAGCAAAAACUCUGAAAGAAAAUGAUCCUCCUAUUCCAGUUGCCAAAGUGGAUGCUACAGCAGCUACUGCUCUCUCAAGUCGUUUUGAUGUUAGCGGCUAUCCAACCAUCAAAAUUUUGAAGAAGGGCCAACCAGUUGAUUAUGAUGGGUCCCGAACAGAAGAUGCAAUUGUCGCUAAGGUCAAAGAGGUUUCUGAUCCAAAUUGGACCCCUCCACCAGAAGCUACGCUUGUAUUGACCCAAGAUAACUUUGAUGAAGUAGUAAAUGAUGCUGACAUAAUUUUGGUGGAGUUCUAUGCCCCAUGGUGUGGGCACUGUAAAAGACUUGCUCCAGAGUAUGAAAAAGCAGCCCAGGAGCUGAGCAAGCGCACACCACCUAUCCCCCUGGCAAAAGUGGAUGCCAUUGCUGAAACGGAACUUGCCAAGAAGUUUGAUGUCACUGGUUACCCAACUCUGAAAAUAUUCCGCAAGGGCAAGCCUUAUGACUACAAUGGCCCACGAGAAAAAUAUGGUAUUGUUGAUUAUAUGAUCGAACAGGCUGGUCCUCCAUCCAAACAGAUUCAGGCUACCAAACAGGUACAAGAAUUUCUGAAGGAUGGAGAUGAUGUCAUCAUCAUUGGUGUUUUUAGUGGAGAGACGGACAAAUCCUAUCAGCUGUAUCAGGAGGCCGCUAAUAGCCUAAGAGAAGACUACAAGUUCCACCACACCUUCAGCAGUGAGAUUAUAAAAUUCUUGAAAGUCUCUCCUGGAAAACUUGUGGUCAUGCAGCCUGAAAAAUUUCAGUCAAAAUAUGAGCCAAAAAUGCACAUAUUGGAUUUUAAAGAUUCUACUGACAAGUCUGAGAUAAUGGACCAUGUGACAAAGCAUGCGUUGCCUCUAGUUGGCCAUCGCAAGACCUCUAAUGAUGCUAAGAGGUACACUAAGCGACCUCUAGUGGUUGUCUACUAUACUGUAGAUUUCGGUUUUGAUUAUCGUGUUGCUACCCAAUACUGGAGAAGCAAAGUCUUGGAGGUGGCUAAAGACUUCCCUGAAUACACUUUUGCCAUUUCUGAUGAGGAAGAUUACUCUUCUGAAAUUAAAGAUCUGGGCUUGAUUGAAAGUGGGGAGGAUGUUAAUGCUGCAAUCUUGGAUGAGGGUGGCAAGAAAUAUGCCAUGGAACCAGAAGAGUUUGACUCGGAUGUACUCAAGCAGUUUGUUCGCGCAUUCAAAAAAGGAAAACUAAAACCUAUCGUGAAAUCUCAGCCAAUACCAAAAAAUAACAAAGGUCCAGUCAGAGUUGUGGUGGGGAAAACAUUUGACACCAUAGUAAUGGAUCCAAAAAAUGAUGUCCUCAUAGAAUUCUAUGCUCCGUGGUGUGGACAUUGCAAGCAGCUUGAACCUAUAUACACUGAACUGGGUAAAAAAUACAAGAACCAGAAAAACCUGGUCAUAGCCAAGAUGGAUGCUACUGCCAAUGAUGUGACGAGUGAUCGCUACAAAGUAGAAGGAUUUCCCACCAUCUAUUUUGCUGCAAGCAACAAGAAAAACAGUCCUAUUAAAUUUGAAGGCGGGGAAAGAGAUUUAGAGCAUUUGAGCAAAUUUGUAGAGGAGCACGCAACAAAACUGACCAGAGAAAAAGAAGAGCUUUAGAUGAGUUGGGGGGUGGAGAAAGAAGAGAAUAAUUUGUACGUCGUAGUUAAAACAAGUUACUGACACAACUUGUUGUGGGAAAAAUUUGGCUUUUUUGAGCAAAGUGGAUUUUUGGGCAGUAAAACAAUUGCAGUAUCUCUUCGGUUUUUUUUUCCUAUUUCAAAAAAAAAAUCAUUCUGGACAUUGAACUGCUAUCUGACAUGAAUGUCUUUGUUAGUUAUGAUUUUGAUCUCUGAAGAAAAAAUACACGCUUUAUUUUUUGUGACUAUGUUGAGCUUGAUUCUUUUUGAUUUAUAAAUGCAUCUCUUUUUUAACUUAAAAGAUUUACCAAAUAAGUUUACCAAACAAGUUGGUUUCUGUCUCUUCUUUUAAAGUGUUAACUGUUUUUGAGUUUGAACUAAUGUGAUUCUGUAUAUCCACUCAUCUGACUGUAUCACUUGUUUUUGAGGACCAGAACAGAAAUUUUAAGUGGUGACAACUCUUAAAUUCGUGUCAAGGUUAAAUACAAAGGCCUGUUCAUUUUGGUUUGUGGAUGGCUCCAUGGAAAACGGAAGUAAUCCUAAAAUAAUGAGCAUGGAUCUGUUUUUGGUAUUUGGCAUCUUUUUUACCAAACUCUAUGCCCCAUCCUUAUUUCUAAAGUCCCCUGUUUUGGGAGUGUUUCUAGUACUGGGAGCGCAACCGCUUGACAUAUCAGUAUAUCCUGCCUUGAUUAAUACUGUGUUCUGAUCUCUGAAGAAAAUUACAUCCUUUGUAUGUGUGUAUCUGAGUAUAUUGCUCAGUUUUAAAUGUUACGGGUUUCAUUCCAAUUGGCAGCGAGUUAAUACCGUAUUUUCGUACAUGCAGCAUUCCUUCUUUCAUCCCCUUCCACCUCACCCUUAAAUUGGGCUGUCUCCCCCAAGCAGAGAAGCUGUUUUAUUUGCUAGAAGACAGGCCAUACAGCUGACAAGAAGCUGCCACUUGUGUCUGGUUUAUUUAACUGAAGAGAGUGUGUCCUAUAUUAAUACUCUCAUAGCUGCAGCUAUUGGCUGUGCACUGUAGCUUGUGCCUGAAGCAAUAGCAGGUGAGCUGCAAGUAGUAUCUUGAUGAGUCUUGUGAUGUGGAAACUAUAUUUACAGGAACUUUGUGUAAGAACUAACAGUCUUGCUACUGCCCUUGAAAAGGGUCUGGAGCCCAAUCUUGUGCGACAGUCAGUCAUCCUGGGACAGUCUGGGUGAAGCAACAGGCAGCAGGACCUUCCUUGUAUGGUAGGAAAUGCCCACUGCCUCACCAAGACCUGUCUCCUGGGGUGCCACAUUUUCUGGACACUGUUCACAGGAGGAUGUACUCUGUUUAUACAGUUGGCUUUGCCAUUGACUCUGACUCUGGAAAAAAUCCUUUCCCCCUCUACUUCCCACUUUCUACCUUCCAAAAACAAGAUGCAUUUUUUAAUUUGGAGGUGUGUUGUAUGUAGAAAAAAUACAGUUUAUGUAUGUAUAUUCUGGGUUGGCUUUUGUUCAUACUGUUCUCUGAAGAAACCUUAGUAAUGCCUUCAUUCUCUGUAUAUACAAUGGGCUGCCACAGGACUUUCUGCAGCUGCCUAGCACCAGACUUUAGACGUUCAGAUCUAACUUCAAAUGCGCUAUAUUGCUCCAUGGCUAGUUCUAGGCAUGCAGCCUGUCUGAAUUUUUGAGCAUGGGUUUCCCCACCUUUCCUUCUCCCCAAAAAUGCUAAGUCUAUUAGCUAGAGAGCAUUUUCAAGAAUCAAUGUGAAUGCAGCCAAAUUAGGAUGCCUAACGUUAGACAAGUGGUUGAAGCUUUUGGGUCUUGGUAAAACUGCUAGAUGGCUCUUUGGGAAAUGUCAAAGAGCUGGGGUAGGGAGGAGGAGGUAGGUGGGAGUAAGAGAAAGAGGCUCUUUGAAUUUCUGAUGAAAAGGCACAUUCCUUCUCUCUCUCCAGACAUUAUGAUGCUUGAAUUGUAUGUAGCCCUCAAAUUCCAUCCAAGAAAUAGACCAGAUUCUGCAAGGGUUGAGACCUCCAAAAAAGGGAAGGGGAACAAAAAAGGCAAGAAAAAGAGACUGAAAAGAGGAGGCUGCAAAUACAGUGUAACAGAGACCUUUUAGACUUCAUCCUCCAAGGAAAGCUGCUAAAAUAUCAGACUUAAUACUUUUAUUAAACUCCUGUUGGUCAAAGCCAAUUAAGCAGCAAUUGCAGCCUGUUCUUUGGAACAAAGUGGCUUCUGUCAUGUAACCACUGUGACGCACUUUUGUAUGCAGUUUCAGGUGCCAGAUGGUAUGCUUAACUCUAUAGGCCUUCCUCCCAUCUAAUGAAGAAAAGUCACUCCAACUGUCCUUGAAACAAGUGCCUUUUUCAGGAAGUAGGUUUUACAACAACCUCCAGGUUCAUGGUGUCUGCCUGUCUUGAAAGGCUCGCAUGCUGCAGUGUGCUCCAUUUGUGGCAAUCCCACAGCAGUAAUUCCCAGUGGCUUUUGUUCAGAGAUGGCUCGCAUGUUGACAAGGCCAGUUUAAAAUGCCAUGGUACAGUGUAACAAAUUCAUUCCCUCACCCAAUUUUAUUCCUUGAAUUUAGUUCAUUACUAGUGGGGAAACAAGGUCUAAUAUAAUGUGGAGAACUUUGCUCCUAUCCUAUACUGUCUUUGCUUCCAUGUUACCUGAGCCAUAGAGCACUUCACUGCCUGGAUGCUGAACUGCUGAUCAUGUUGUGGGUGUUCCUGUAUUGUCAGCAUACCUGUUCAGUCAUGUUCAUAACCAAGUGGUCAUGUGCUGAAUUCUUUUUUAAUUAACCAGUGAAUGCUUUGGAGAAGAGUACUUGGAUAUGUCUGUGAUGAGUACAGUAUAAGGCAUUACAGAAAUAUGGGCUGCUGAUUCAAUCAAUUCUGAUUUUAUUUACCCAUCAGAGCUGGUAAGUACUCGGCAGCCCUACCAACUCAGGCCUGAAUCAUAGCUUUGUUUUUAGACACUACACUCGUUCCAUUUUCAUAAGACAGCCCUGUCCUGUCAGAAGACUCAAAUUCCAUCCAAGAAAGGAUGCUGAAAAGAUAGUGCUGCUUCCAUUUCUAGAGUCCAAAACUUUUACUAGUUGUGGUGUAUGACUUGUGCCCUAGCCGCAAGACAUGAAAUCCUUUCUCGGUAUUGACCUACCUUUUUGCUUUUGAAUCUAUGCUAAAACUUAAUUGUCAUCAUGUUGAAAUCAGCACAUUUUUUGUGAUAGUUUAAAAAACCCAGAGAUGCCUUCCUCACAAUCGGCGUACAAUAUAAGUCAUUCCAUAUCUUUAAAAAAAGAUGGUUUAUGUAUGACCCUUCCCAGUGGACAAUAAAAAGCACAGACUGCC